AUGUCGGGAAAACGUAAGCAUGUAACACUGACUUUAGAUAAAAAGUAUACGAUUUUAAAACGUUUGGAAAAGGGUGAAAAGUUGGCUCAUCUGUCUAAGGAAUACAAUAUCGGCCGUGCAACUAUACACGACAUAAAGAAGAAGAAGGAGCAGAUCGAAUCAUUCUUUAAGAGGAGUAGUGAAUCAUCUUCGAAGGUAAGAAAGACAUUAAAAGUAGGCGAAUUUCCGCAAGUAGAAGACGCACUUUAUAAUUGGUUCAUGCAAGAAAGGAGCCGACACACGCCAAUUUCAGGUGAUAUUAUAAUGGAAAAGGCGAAACUGUUCUAUAACAAAAUCAUGAAAAAGGACGACUUCCGUGCAAGUGUUGGGUGGCUGGAUAAAUUCAAACGACGCUUUGGAAUUCGACUGCUAACUAUGACUGGUGAAAGGCUUUCGUGUGAUGUAGCGGCUGCAGAACCUUUUAUUGAAAAAUUUAAAGAAAUCGUGGAUGAAAUGGACUUAGGCCCAGAUCAGAUCUACAAUGCUGACGAGAGUGGUCUGUUUUGGCGUCUUUUGCCGAAACAAACAUUCGUUCAUAGAGAGGAAGCUAGUGCCCCUGGUCGCAAGUUGGCCAAAGAUAGAUUGUGGCCUUCUCUUGAUUUAUUAGAGGAUUACAGAAGACAAUCAAAUCCUCAAACGACAGUGACAACAGAUGCUGAGCUAAAUGACUUGAGAGAAGCAAUAGCCGAACAGUUAGUAGACGAUCCAGAAGAUCUGACAUCAGCCGAUGUUACCGCCUGGUUAGACGGAGCAGACGACGAGCAGUGUCAAAUCAUGACAGACGAUGAGAUCAUCGAAAACGUUAGACGGCAGUGA